GAGAGAUUCACUUUAGAAUCAAUUUGAACGAUAUCCAGGAUUAUCCGAUAAGGCAGAUUUGUCGAAAUAAUGAAUUUAUCUGAUAGGUUUGCGCGCGCACGACGACAAAUCGCAUCGUCAUCGCGUAUAAACACCAAACAAAUAAUAGAAAUACACAGUUUGCUGUGUAACCUUGAGACAAACACUGUGAGAAUCUCAAGCGUUGAAGUUAACAAUGGUUCCUUCGCUUCUACAAAUCUACACGAAAAUACAGCAUAAUAAGUACGAGUCGGGACUUAAUUAAGCUUGUACGUGAUGUUGUACACACAAUAACGGUGAUAUUUUCACGAUGUGAAGACUAUAGCGUGACGAAACGAUGGCGAGACGUAAACGGGCGCGACAGGAGGCCUCGUUCUACGAGGUCCAGGAGUCAUUCCGAGAGAACGCUCGUCUGACGAUGCUGCAGCACUCCUUCGCGUCUUCCUCCUCCUCCUCUUCCUCCUCCAGUUCGGCGAACGAGGAUGCGGCGGACUCGCGUCGGCGUUCUCCGGAGUCGAUGUUGUACGAGUCGCCGCGGCUGGACCUGCUACAGUGCCGUAAGGAACUCAGUCCCGAGAUCGUCCUGAAGACAUCCCGAGUCAAACUCAAGCCAGAGGACGUACAUGAGGACGAUGACGCCGAGGAGGUCGGGGAGAAAGUCACUGCGCGGAACAUCGAGCGAUCGGAAUCGGAGCUGUUCGAGACGCGGCAAAUGGAUCUGCUACUGUGCCAUGAGCAGCUUAGUCCUGAAGUCGCGCUUAAGUUCUCCAAAAUAAAGAAUCACGAGAACGACGGCAGACGAAGAAACAUUACGCGGAAGCGAAUCGGACAGCCAGUCCUGAGCUCGCCCGACGAGUACGAUCAAGUUUCGGAUCAAGUUCCGGACACGAAGCGCGAGAUACAAUCUCUCGUCGAGGCGGAAUGGAGUCCAGAAAGAGAUCGUUAUGGAGCCGCGAAGAUGGAUGGUUAUCUGUUGGAUAAGACGCUCUCGAUGAACGACGAUCUCGCGCGCGAGAUGGAGACGUACCUGGACGAGCAUCGAGUACCUGUUGAGUCGUCGACAGUCACGACAGCAGCUAUCAGCCGCCGUUCCGUCGUCGAGAAGAGCCCGCUGCUUGACGUAACGAUCGAUCAAUUGCAAAGUAAGCAUAUCGAAAUGGAAGCCACGCACUUGACGAGCUUGCAGAAGAGCGAUAAGCACGAGUUCGUGCAAUCGUCGCCAAAUGAGUUCGAGUCGCUCGAGUCGUCGAUCUGCGAGACCUUGGACGCACACGACGGGGAUAACGCUGAUCAGAUGAGAGGAAAGAAAUCAGGUAACGACGACAAAAGCUACGGCGUCGCGAGCGAGAGGGACGGCAGACCUUCAACCGCGAAUUGGCGCGAGUUCCGGAAAGUCUUCGGGUACCUGCAGCGACUGAACCGGAAGAUCUGCGGCGAAGAUGUGAAAUACGGCGCGCCCUUGUUCUCCAAGCACAGAUUCGCCCGCGAUGAUCGGAGAUUUCGUUACGUUUCGAUAACAACAUCGCCGCCGCCGCCGUCGUCGUCGUUUCUCGUCUCAUCUCGCGCACCCUUGUCGCCGAAGAGCUCGAAGAACCACAAGAGUUACGCUUUCUUGGCGGGUCGCAAUGCCGCUCGGGCCACGAUCACGAACGAGCGUCGAUCGAAGCUUGACGAGUCGCCACAAGGAGCGAAGAAAAUCGAGUUGAAUUCACGCGAGCAGGAAUCCACCACACCUUGCAGCGGAUCGUCACCAUCAGCUCAUCGCUGCCGCGCGAUCUUGAAGUUUGAAGAUGAAGAUGAGGAAGCGAAAGGAGAGCAAAGCGAGCCGGCGAAGGCUCGCGCGGAAGUGACGAAUGAUUCGAUGCUACCGCAACGAGAGAAUAAUAACGAGAAGCCACUAAAUUUAUCGGCAUGCGUUAAAACGAGUUGCAUCAAUUGCUCCCUCACGGAAUCAACACCGAUCACCAGCGUCGAUCUGCCCGCUCUGUCUGAUUGCAACUGUUGCAGCAGCCACCUACAAGAAGUGGAAUAUCAGGAUACUUGUCAGCGUCGUAUAUCUCACAGCAUCGUGACGCUACGUGACUUUCAGGAUCACUCGUCUAGGCGAAAAAAUAUUCCCCGCAUGAUCAAGAGAAUAGCAGCAUUCUGCAUCUGGCUAUACAAGAAGCUACUGCAUCUAGUAGAUAAUGGUUACAAGAAAUUGCGACGAGUGAUCGCUUCGUCCGAGAGUGUCCCGAGCCAGAGUCCUAAAGUGAAAGAAUUCGGCCAUCUGAUGGCCACAUUACGUGCCGAAAACGAGAAGAUGCUGUGCACAAUGUCAGAGAAAGUCGCACGUCUCUCCACGGAGUUCGUGCAGGUACGGACAAGCAUCGAAGUAGUCCUCGGCGCUGUAACGGCCGAAGUGUAUAACGUUCGUGAAGUCAGCAGGAAAAUGAACGAGAACAAUAUGACGCUGAUGCAGGAGCUGAAGAAGCUACACGAAGCUCUGGAGGAAAUUCAAUUGAAAUCCGCACGACGAGUCUCUUCGACCACUUCGUGUUUCUCAUCUUCUUCUCUCCCUCCUGCUCCACCCCGGCCUUCUCCUCCGCCACCCUCUUCACUGCUUUCAUCGAAAGACGCUACGGGAUCGGCAUCACUAAUGCAGCUGCCGCCACCACCGCCACUUCCUCCACCAUCAUCCUGUCCUCUUCCUCCUCCUCUCCCUCCCCCUCUUCCUCCUCCACCCGCGCCUUUCCCUUCGGUUUCCUUUCAAUCUCCAGUGCCAUCGGUGAUCCCGAUAACCCCUAAUAGCAACAAAAUCAACAGAAAUAACGUGACACCCACGAGAAAGUGUUCCACGCCGUUGUUGAACAGGCCCAGCAUUACCGUCGAGGACCUCCUGAAGGUCACCCUAAGGAAGGCUCCACAAAAUGCUAAGGACAACAGGCGGAACACUGUACCGGGCCCGAGAGGACCGGUCGUGUCCUUGGACAUGCUGCGCAAUGUCAAGUUGAAAUCUGCCCGACGCAGAGGCAACGAUCAGACCGGAAGGUCGCCCAGGAACGGGCGAAUCUUGAAGAGUCGCACCGUGUCGACUCUCAGCCUGUCGCCGAUCUCGACUGGAUCGGAGGGCAAUCUGGAGCGAAUCCUGCGGCAGGUGGACGUGAAUCGACGUGGACCCAGGAGGCUUCUCUCCGGAUCAAUCAGCUUUCGCGAUCACGACCUCGCGAAGGACGACGCGCGGCCCCAGUCGCUGGAAACGCUGAAGCACAGCCAGUCGCAGUCUGCGAUCGCAUAAUUGAACAGUAUUAAAAUUGCGGUGAAGUCAGCGCAAGGACGUGUCCCGACGGGACGUAAAAUUCAAGCUCUCACGUGGGCUUUAAGCCUUUUUCGUAUUGAGCGGCUAAGGAAGAGAAGAGACGACGAAUUAUCUUCCGUAUAAUUCCGGCUCGCCGAGAUUUCGAGUCAAGAUGUCUUUUUAAUAAAAGUUAUGAGCUGAGA